UACGAGCUCUACACCCACUUUUCUUCCUUUAUCCAAGGCACGUUCAUUCAUCAAAGAACUACAAUAAAUUGGUCAAACGUUGUUUAUUUUUCACAAAACUACUUUAACUUUGCCUCAAUAACUUGAUCUUGCUAUAACUUCAUGGGAUAGCCUCUAAGAUUUUUUUCCUCAGAGAGACUUGUAAUGUUUGGCUUUCUACUUUCUCCCUCCCCUUUUUGAAUGAGUCACAUGAGUCACAUUUCCCAUUUUCCCAAUUCCUGAAUCUGGUGAAUUUUGGAAAAACUAAGACCGAUGCAUCAACCCCCUGAACAGCCCCUUCUGGAAUGAAGUACAUUAGGAUCCUGAGACUAUUAGCCCAUGGUCCAACAGCUUCCCUGGUGAUUGUCCUUUCCCUGAGUUUGUUCCCCUUUCCAACCCAGAGUUUAUAUCUAAAUUGAGAUGCAUUGGUGGCGACUAAUGCUGGCAUUGAUGUUAGUUCCCUGGUCCUUGCUCUUUUUAGACAGAGUUAGUUGGUAGCCAGAGCUCUGUCACUAUUUUUCCAUUUGAAUGAUUCAUGUCUGGUCUCUGCAAUCUCCGCGUUUUAAAGUGUGAGCAUGGAAUAAAUCCAGAGAAAAUCUCUGUAAGUUUUAUUAACUUAACAAUUAGCUUCUUUCUUUCAAUUUUAAAGAUUAACCAUAUAACCAUAUAACAAUUACAGCACGGAAACAGGCCAUCUCGGCCCUACAAGUCCAUGCCGAACAAAUUUUUUUUCCCCUUAGUCCCACCUGCCUGCACUCGUACCAUAACCCUCCAUUCCCUUCUCAUCCAAAUGCCUAUCCAAUUUAUUUUUAAAUGAUACCAAUGAACCUGCCUCCACCACUUCCACUGGGAGCUCAUUCCACACCGCUACCACUCUCUGCGUAAAGAAGUUCCCCCUCAUAUUACUCCUAAACUUCUGUCCCUUAAUUCUGAAGUCAUGUCCUCUUGUUUGAAUCUUCCCUAUUCUCAAAGGGAAAAGCUUGUCCACAUCAACUCUGUCUAUCCCUCUCAUCAUUUUAAAGACCUCUAUCAGGUCCCCCCUUAACCUUCUGCGCUCCAAAGAAUAAAGCCCUAACUUGUUCAACCUUUCUCUGUAACUUAGUUGCUGAAACCCAGGCAACAUUCUAGUAAAUCUCCUCUGUACUCUCUCUAUUUUGUUGACAUCCUUCCUAUAAUUUGGCGACCAAAAUUGUACACCAUACUCCAGAUUUGGCCUCACCAGAUUGAUAUAUUUUUUGGCAUGUUUUAAAUUUCCUAUCAAGUUUUCAGGCUUCAGGGGGGGCUGGAGGGAGAUGAUCCAACCCCAUCGGUCCCUUGUGGCAUUGACUCCCCCCUCCCCCUGCUCAGUUGCCUAGAAUGUUUAUACUGUGGCAGUGUGUGUGUGUGUGUGUGUGUGUGUGUGUGUGUGUGUGUGUGUGUGUGUGUGUGUGUGUGUGUGUGUGUGUGUGUGUGUGUGUGUGUGUGUGUGUGUGUGUGUGUGUGUGUGUGUGUGUGUGUGUGUGUGUGUGUGUGUGUGUGUGUGUGUGUGUGCGUGUGUGUGUGUGUGUGUGUGUGUGUGGAGACUGGGAAACAAAAUGUGAAGUCACAGAGUCAAUGCCCCUUUAAGCAGUUGCUGCUGGGUUAACAGACAAGCACAGAUGUCAUUCCGAUAAAACCUAAAGGAAUGUUGGUAGCUGGCGUGUAUAACUACAUAAGUAUGGGUGUGGUUCCUCGUCGUGUCGUAACAAAACCUAUUUGUAUCAGAUUUAACGUUGAAAAAUAAAACAGAAAAUUUUGCUGUCGCAAACGAUUUUGAGUAAAUGUCGUCAGUCUGGCUCUGCUGGCUUUAAGGUAGGUUUUCGUGGAUCAUUAACAAAAAUAUCCCGGACUGCUCCCAGACUUCCUUAACAUUUUUUUGCUUGUCCAGACUGGUGAGGCUUAAUUUAGUUUCUCUCUCCUUCCCCCGAGGAAUGGCAGUGUCUAAAGUCUCAAUUUCCGAAGCCAAGCUCUGCUGUGCUAUCUGCCUGGAGCUCCUGAAGUCUCCUGCCACCAUUCCCUGUGGCCACAACUUCUGCAUGGAGUGUAUUGGAAGGUGCUGGCACCAGGAUGGGGGUUCAAAGACCUUCAGAUGCCCUCAGUGUAGGGAGACAUUUAACUCCAGGCCCCCCCUCUCCAGGAACACCAUCCUCUGUGAGAUUGUGGAGGACUUCACCAACUCUGAUGCCCCAACCACCUCCACCUCAAAGAGCACCCCUGACCCUCAGGAUGUCCUCUGCGAUUUCUGCACUGACCAGAAGCUGGAGGCCGUCAAGUCUUGUGUGGUUUGUAUGGCCUCAUACUGUCAGGGCCACCUCCAGCCUCAUGCCAGCAACCCUGUUUUCAAGGAUCAUCGGCUCAUUGAUCCCGUCAAGGACAUCGAGGGGAGGAAGUGUCCAAAACAUCGGAAGCCUCUGGAGGUCUACUGCAGGACUGAUCAGAUGUGUGUCUGCUGCCUGUGUGCCAUCAACGAGCACCGGCAACAUGAAACCGUGUCCUUGGAGGAGCAAGUCGGCGAGCUAAAGAAAGAACUCCAUGGGCGUCAAGAGGAAAUGGACGCACGGAUACAGGAGACAACAGACGAAAUCGGAAAAUUGAAACAAAAGGUUGACUCAAUUAAAUGCACCGUACUACAGGUGAAGCAGCAAGUUAAGCAAAAGUGCACCCAGCUGGUGGCAGUUGUUGAGAAGACGCAGAGGGAUGUGUUGCGCUUUCUUGAGGAAGAGGAAGGAGGUGCGGUGAGUCAGGUGGAGGAAUCCAUGAUGCAAUUGCAAAGCAGCCUUGCCGGGCUGCAGCAGAACAGGACGCAACUGGAGGCUGCCCUGAAGAGUGAAGACAAUAUCCUUGUAUUGCAGGAACAUCAGUGUUUGGACAGACCCAUGAAGGCUUGCUCUUUGCUGCCUUACCAGGAUGGUGCCAAAUUUCUGGCUGUGGAACGUGCCAUGAGUGAACUGUCCCAUUAUAUCACGCAGCAGCUGCACACCUGUUUCAAUCCACAUCUGGAUCACGAAGGCGCCAAAGCUUCAGGAUACAGUCCAGCACUGGAUGUGCCUCGAGUGAAACAGCAGACACAACAUCCUUCGUCUCCCCGGACACCUGGUCAUGAAGAUCUUGAGGUCUCGGUCUCCCUCAGCCCACCAGACACAUGUGUCAUGGAAACAAAACCAGACUCCAUCUGCAAGAGAGCAGAGUAUUUACAUAAUGCCCUUUGUUUGACAUUUGACCCCAACACAGCACACAAGCAUCUUCUCCUCUCGGAGGACAGCUGUACGGUGACGGAUGUUGAUCCCGACUGUGUCCCCUAUCCUGAACACCAUGAGAGAUUCAACGGCUUCCCCCAAGUUUUGUGUGCCCAGGGCAUAUCGGAGGGCCGCUGCUACUGGGAGGUGGAAGUGAAUGGACACUGGGCGGGAAUUGGAAUCACCUACAGCGGAAUUAGGAGGAAAGGGUCGAAUAUGAGCUGCCUGAUUGGGCGGAACGAUCUCUCCUGGUGCCUCUUGUACAGCAACAGCAAGUUCUCUGCUCUUCACAAUAAACAAGAGGUCAUCCUCCAGUCAGGGAGGCAGCAACGGAUUGGGGUCUAUCUUGACUACUCUGAGGGGACACUGGACUUCUUUGGUAUCGGUAACACAAUGAGUCUCAUACACCGAUUCAAAACUGUUUUUACAGAGCCUGUGUAUCCUGCAUUUUUUGUAUUCCUGGGAACAUCCCUCAGUAUCUGCCAGCUGAGUUAGCAAAAGUUAUUUCAGGGUGAAUGCAUGUUAAUUUAGGUUGGAUGUUUCGAGAGAAAGGCAAUCUCACCAACUGCUGUCUACCAUUCCCACAUCUAGGAAUGCCGCCACAAAAAGAAGGGGGAAUGUGGAUCUCAAGGUUAUGAAAGAUGGAUGCACUUAAGAGGAAGUUACAUAAGUACAUGAGGGAGAAAAUAAUUGAUGCAACUAUUAAUAGAUUCAGCUGGAGCAGAGUAGAACACUUUGGAAAGUGUAGUAGUGACCAGUUGGGCCUAAUUCCCAGUUUCUGCACUGCAAUGUUCCUUUUCCAAGGUAACAAUCUCACCAAUGAUGCUGUAUAACAAUGCUGUAACAACCAAACAAUGGGUAUCAUAGAGCAGUGGUAGAGUUGCUGCCUUACAAGGUUGAACUGGGUUUCUACGUUCUCCCCGUGACCUGUGUCUGUUUCCUCUCACACUAAAGACAUACAUGUUUGUAGGUUAAUUGGCUUGGUUAAAUUGUCCCUGGUGUGUGUGUGUGAUAGUGUUUUUGUGCGGGGAUCGCUGGUCGGUGCGGACUCGGUGUUUCCCCGCUGUAUCUCUAAACUGAACACUCCAAUUAAUGUUGAUAUUUAUGGAGACAGCACGGUGGCGCAGUGGUAGAGUUGCCGCCUUACAGCGCUUGCUCGUGUAACAUCUUACCAUGUCUAAAAGCUCAACAGAAAUAAAAUAAUAUAUUAUUAAUGCCACCACACAAGGACCCAAACCAUUUAUUCAGUAUCAAUUUAACAUUUUCCAAAUUGAAUUUUAAACUCAAAUCAUUUCAAUAGACAAUAGGUGCAGGAGUAGGGCAUUCGAUCCAUCGAGCCAGCACCGCCAUUCAAUGUGAUCAUGACUGAUCAUCCACAAUCAGUACCCCAUCCCUGCCUUAUCCCCAUAUCCCCUGACUCCGCUAUCUUUAAGAGCCCUAUCCAGCUAUCUCUUGAAAGUAUCCAGAGAAAUGGCCUCCACCACCCUCUGAGGCAGAGAAUUUCACACUCACAACUCUCUGGGUGAAAAAGUGUUUCCUCCGUUCUAAAUGACUUACCCCUUAUUCUUAAACUGUGGCCCCUGGUUCUGGACUCCCCCGACAUCGGGAACAUGUUUACUGCCUCUUGUGUGUCCAAACCCUUAAUAAUCUUAUAUGUUUCAAUAAGAUCCCCUCUCAUCUAGCCUGUCCAAACCCUUAAUAAUCGUAUAUGUUUCAAUAAGAUUUCCUCUCAUCCUUCUAAAUUCCAGUAUACAAGCCCAGCCGCUCCAUUCUCUCAGCAUAUGACAGUCCCGCCAUCCCGGGAAUUAACCUUGUGAACCUACACUGCACUCUCUCAAUAGCAAGAAUGUCCUUUCUCAAAUUAGGGGACCAAAACUGCACACAAUACUCCAGGUGUGGUCUCCUUAGGGCCCUAUACAACUGCAGAGGGACCUCGUUGCUCCUAUACUCAUCUCAUCUUGUUAUGAAGGCCAACAUGCCAUUUGUUUUCUUCACUGCCUGCUGUACCUGCAUGCUUACUUUCAUUGACUGAUGAACAAGGACCCCCAGAUUCCGUUGUACUUCCCCUUUUCCCAACUUGACACCAUUUAGAUAAUAAUCUGCCUUCCUUUUUUUGCUACCAAAGUGAAUAUGUAAUGUGAUGUGUCUUUUUAUUUUACUGUUAAAUUAAUUUAUGUCAAACAUUAAAUAUUGUUGCUAAGUUAUACUGAACUGAUUUAAAUAGAUUUCAACUAAAGUUGGAGAAAAAUAAUGUAAACUUCUGAAAUGUGACUGGCAGCAUGAAAAAUAAAGAAAUUAUGAUAUGCGUCACAGAAGAUUUUGAGGCUAUCUCUGAGUGAAUGGAAAGUUUUGGAAGAACUCGGUGGGUCGGAGAGCAUCAGUGGUGG